ACAUCAUAACAUGUGCGUAUAAUAGUGAACCACAGAAAGCCUAUCCUGACAAAUCUUAGUUCAUGUUGUGAAAAACGUGAUCAGCUAUGUUUUUUGAUUGAUUUUGAGAGGUUGUUGAGAUUGAGCUCUUAUUUAAGCCACCAUAUACCAGCAGCAAUAAUAUCUCAACAUCUUUUUGUCUCUUCCAUCGCAUCUAUUUUGGUUAAGGCAAACCAACAUGAGGUCUUUCACUAUUCUCUUCUUUUUUGCAACUACAGUAGCCGUGGCAUUGGCCUCUACUUCUGAUGACGUAGAAGCCAUAAGCCAAGUGGUAGAAAUUCACCGUCUAAGGCCACAGACGGGUAGUGCUGGUCACCGCGUCCCACAAUUAGACUGUCUUAGCUGGCGCCUCGCUGUGGAGACCAACAACCUCAGGGACUGGAAAUUGGUGCCUAGUGCCUGCGAAGACUAUGUAGGUCACUACAUGCUAGGCAAACAAUAUCGCCGCGACUGUGAGUAUGUAGCUAAGGUGGCUAUUGAGUACGCCAAAGGCCUCAAUCUUGGGGGAGAUGGAAAGGACGUUUGGGUAUUUGAUAUUGAUGAGACCACUCUCUCCAAUCUUCCUUACUUCGCUCGAUGUGAUGUUGGUUUUGGGGCUAUACCUUACAACAACACAAAGUUUAAUGAGUGGAUGGGCGAGGGAAAAUUGCCUGCCAUUCCUUCGAUACUGGGUGUAUACAAAACGGUUUUGUCUCUGGGGAUCAAGCCUGUUUUCAUUACAGGGGCUCGAGAGAAUUUCAGACAAUCAAGAAUUGCCAAUCUCAAGAAAGCUGGUUAUAGUAACUGGUUAAAGCUCGUACUAAAGGGAGAAAAUGAUCACGGAUCAGCAGUGGAGUAUAAAUCGAGCAAGAGAACAGAGCUGGUGAAGGCAGGAUAUAGAAUUGUUGGCAAUAUGGGAGACCAAUGGAGUGAUCUGAUUGGAGAAAAUCCUGGAGCUCGUACUUUCAAAGUCCCUGACCCUAUGUACUACAUUGGUUGAUUCUCAGCAAUUUUAAUUAAGCAUUCUAAUUAACAAUGGGAGUAGCUUUCAUGUUGCUGUCUCCAACAUGAUGUAUCAUGUAUUCGACUUCUCCAUUUCCCCCUCUCCUUGCGAUAAUAAGUAAUAACCACUUGCUUGAAAAUUUCAA